UUCAUCACACACAAGUAAAAGAAAUUGUCUUAGCUAGCUUCUUUUCUACCUAAUUAAGAAGAAAUAUUAAUUAAAAAAAAUGUCUCCUUCAACUUUAGCAUUUACAUGCUUUAUUUUGCUAUCAACUUGUAGUUUCUAUGAAUCAAAUGCCCAAUUGAGUGCCAAUUUUUACUCAAGUACAUGUCCAAAUGUUUCAAGUAUUGUCCAAAAUGUAAUUCAACAAGCUUUACAGUCUGAUGUGCGCAUUGGAGCCAGCCUAAUUCGUCUUCAUUUCCAUGAUUGCUUUGUCAACGGAUGUGAUGCUUCACUUUUGUUGGAUAACAAUGCUACAACAAAUAUUGUAAGUGAGAAAGAUGCAGCUCCAAAUACAAAUUCCACAAGAGGUUUCGACGUUGUUGACAACAUUAAAACUGCUGUUGAAAGUUCUUGCCCCGGUGUUGUCUCAUGUGCAGACAUUCUUGCUCUUGCUGCAGAAUCCUCUGUUUCUCUGUCGGGUGGUCCUUCGUGGAAUGUUUUAUUAGGUAGAAGAGACAGCAGAACAGCAAACCAAGCAGGGGCUAAUACUUCAAUUCCUUCUUCUACUGAAGGCUUAAGCAACAUUACAGCAAAAUUUACUGCUGUUGGCCUUAACGUUACUGAUGUAGUUGCCUUAUCUGGUGCACACACAUUUGGACGUGCCCAAUGUCGUAUAUUCAGUGCCCGGCUUUACAAUUUCAAUGGCACAGGAAAUCCAGAUCCAAGUUUAAAUACAACUUACUUGGCUAACUUGAGGCAAAUUUGUCCUCAAAAUGGAAGUGCUACAGCCUUGGCUAAUCUUGACCCAACGACGCCGGAUAAUUUUGAUAAUAAUUAUUAUGUGAAUUUGCAGAACAAUCAAGGGCUUUUGCAAUCAGAUCAAGAGUUAUUUUCAUCAGCAACAACAGUAUCAAUUGUCAACACAUUUAGUAGUAACCAAAAUACAUUCUUUCAGAGUUUUGUUCAGUCAAUGAUUAAUAUGGGAAAUAUUAGUCCGUUAACGGGCACAAACGGGGAGAUUCGCACAGAUUGUAAAAGAGUCAAUUGAAGCAAAAAGUUUUGAUGAUUUAAAGAAUUGUUUUUUUUUUUCCUUAAUAAGGGAGAUUAACAAAUAUGUUUAAAUUUUGAUUGGUGUACGACAAGAGUUGAUUAUGAUUAUGAAAAGCUUGACUAUUAUUGAUA